UUUUGAAUGUAUAAUAAAAUGAUAAUAUUACACUACAUUGAGGGUAGAAACAACGAUCGUUCACCAAAGAAAAGGAAGAGAAAGAGAAGAGGAAACCCAAACUCCUAGAGCAAGACCUAAUUGUUACAAGCCGAGAGGGCAAUGCAGAUACAAGACAAAGAUUUAGCAGAAUGCGUCCACACAGCAGCAGGCAGCCAGACCCGCGCAGAGACCAAGGCAACAUCCACCACCGCCGCCACCACCACCGCCCUGCUGCUGAUACUGGGGCUGGCCCUGGGCAAAGUAUCCGCCGCCGCCAGGUCCGCUCUGGCCAUACCCUCCGCCUUGGUAACCGCCGCCCUGGGGACCGUAUCCGCCGCCGCCGAAACGGCCGCCGCCGCCGUAGGAUUGCUGGGGUUGCUGGGGGCCGUAGUAACCACCACCGCCGCCGCCGCCGCCCAUGGGACCACCGAACCCGCCGCCGCCGAAGCCGCGGUCAGUCUGCUCAGAGGUACCCUGGGGGUUCGCCUCCGACUUGGAGUAGUAGUCGUUAUUUGACAUGGUGAGUGAGUGUAUUCAGAGAUAUGGGUUAUCGGUCAGGGAAGAGAAGGGAGGGUGGUUAAUAUAUGUGACAGGCGCAUGUGAUUCAGGUUUGU